AUGUCAGCCGGCAGCGGCGUCAGUGCCGCUUCUACGGAAGGCGGCCUUCCUCCUUCCUCCUACGACGGGAGCCACCUGCCAUGGAAGACGUUUCGUCAACAGGUGCUUGCGCAGCAUCGAAUCAGAGUCAUAGACGCUGUUCCAAAGGAAAAGCUACCCACAAAGCUCCUGGCAAUGAUAGAAUCCGAAUUGCCCAAUGUCGCUAAAUAUGAAUCGCAGAAGGAGCAAUUUCGCGAUCAGGUCGACAAGGGACGAGGCUUUGGACCUUCACCACUCUUCCCCCCCAACCUGCUUCCGCCUAUUGACGACGAACCACAACUUGCUCGCUGCAUGGUCCCUUCUUUCGGCCGAGAAGCCUUGCCCGAGCGCGCGAUCAAUCAGAUAGGGCCGCUCUACGAACUGAGCGUCCCGCGCAGUGGCCUAGGGUGCGGAUUUGCUGGCUCCGCCCUGACAACUGAAGAGCUCGCCGUCCUACCUUCUUGGUUGGUGACGACCGGAACCAUUGUCCACUUUGAUACAGGGUACAUCUCACCUGGUGCUGCACUCUAUUGCCCUUUCCUGGUCUUCGAACGUACAUGGGGCAACAAAGAACAUCGCCUCGAAGCCGCUAAUAAUCAAUGUGCCAUCGGCGGUGCUUGGUGUGUCAGGGCGCUUCAGAUGCUCUAUGCCAAAGCUUGGAAAGGAGAGAUGAUGCCUGAACUACCCAUAUCCUUCUCUUGUUCGAUCGACAACACAUCUGCAGUCCUGAACAUGCAUUGGAUCGACCACGGUCAGGUAUAUUGCAUGUCUCCCCUUUGCAAGUUUGACCUCAGCAAAGACGAUCACUUCAGCAGCUUCCUCGUCUGGAUUGACUCUAUCGGCAAAUGGGGCUUGACCCACUUACUUCCUGUGGUCAAAUCAGCUCUGGGACGGCUGCGCGCAAAGGAAGAUACACCGCCUCCAACUCCACGUGCGGCCAAGCUGACUCUCGACACCGCAUGUCCGAAUGAUUUGCUGAUCAAGUCCCUCAAGACGACAUUUGAAAACAUUCCUUGGCGGUUCGACGAUGACGAGUUCACGCCCGUUAGCAGUAGCACCGCGAGCUGGGGCAGUCCUAUGGUUACCGACCUAACCUUCGGGAAUCUUAACUAUCCAACGGUGCCCGCCAGACCCCGUGGCGACACGCCAACUUCUGCUGUCCAGAUGAAACAAUACCUGGCAAAUUUGGGGCCAUACGCAACUCCUCCACCAGCAUACCCUCAGAGCAUCGAACUUGUUUGGCAAAAACGACUCAAUCAUGCUAUGGAUGAGAUCCACGACCUGCAACGGCAAAUCCAAGUCCUGAGGAACGAUUUCAACCUAUCCAACACCUCCCAUCGUAGCGAAUUGUCCGACGUCAAGUCGACGAUGACCUCGGUGCUCCGCAAGGAAACCCUUACUCUGCGGAACAGAUCACUUUCUCUGGGCAUGCAAGAGACCUGGUCGAUGCAAAAUAUUCCACGGAGCCCACUUGUCAAUGAAGUCCUCCCAGACUUCGUGGUUGACAAAGCCACGAUGUCUCCGCGGAAUAGGUCACUUCACAUUCCGCCGACCCCGAAACUCCUUUCGCCAAGUCUUCAAUCUCACGGGCCUCCCUCGCCUGGGAUGCCUUCCCCUGGUCUAUCGUCACCUGGUAUUCCCUCGCCCACCUUCUCAAUCUACAGUGAGACCACCAACAUCGUCACAGUCCCGCCAGCGCCGCCGAAACCGGCAUCCUUGUUUAAAUUCGCAAGUAUCAUGGUAUCAGGACACAUGGUUAGCAUGUUUAUCCCCAACGCUCUACUACGGAUCUUCGUCUUGGGUUGCAUUACCGACGUGUGCAUUCUGGCAUUUGCCAGCCCUCACCUGCCUAGCUCCGCGGAGUACCUGCUGUCUUUUUGGAGGGGGCGGUGA